GAAGGGAAGGGAGCGGGCUUCUCCCGGCCGGUUUCCACAGAGGGGAGCCCAGCGCCCGGGCAGGCGCCCUCGGUUCCUUAGACGGGGGCGGGGGUGGGGAGCGGGGCAGGCAGCUCAGCAUGAGCGGGAAGGAGCCGCUGCUGGGGACCCUGAAAGUGUGUAUUCUCAACCUUCAGGGAUGCAGCAGCCCAUACACAGAUGCCUGCCCAUACAUACAGCCCUUCUGUGAGGUUCUUGAGAUGAUCCUUCGGAAAGGAAUAAAACAGCCAGUUCUGGGAUUGAACAGAAAAGAUUACUGGCACUGGCUAGAACAGCUUCCACAACAGGAGACUCCUCAGAGCACGACCCUUCUGUCAAUGAUGAUUGAGAAGACUAAUUCUUCUGGGAAAGUGUUGACAGCCCAAGGAAAAGGGCGGUACUUCCUACGUCUCGCUUUGAACAGGAAGCUGUUAGCUGCUGCUUUUCAGCAGCUAGUCAAAACUCCCAGGCUGCUUGAGUGGUACGAGCCAUUGACCUCUAUCCUGGGCCAGGAAGAUCUUUCUGAGCCUUUCCUCUCUCUGAUGCUGGUGGUGACAGAAAUGGAUUUCUCUCUAGAUUUGCAGAAUUCCAGUUUCUUGGAUGAAAGCUGGCAACUUCCGGUGUGCCUGACCUACGAAACUGUCCCCUGCAGGGAACUGGGAAUGGUGCUCAGAUAUUUGGAUGGGCGGAUUUUCAUCACAGACGUGCUUCCACAGAGCCAGGCAAAGGUGGAUGAGGUGGUGCUGGUUGGAGAUGUCAUUGAUGAGAUAAAUGGGUUUUCACUGAGGAAUGCAAGCAAUGGACAGGCUGGGACAGUGUUACAGAAACUGAAGGGCAAGCCACUGAGUUUUCGCCUAAUCCGGUGGAAAUGGCAUGAUGGAGGGAUGUACAAGCCUCUGUUGCCCUACCUGAAAAUUCUCCGUGAGAAAAUUCCCAGCUUCCAGCUCCAGCAUGAGCAUCAGUGCAAAGAAAAGAGCGAAGCCCGGAGCUUACAGGGAGGCAGACUGCUGUACAAUUUGCGGUACUUAGGCCAGGUCAAUGUAGGAAAGUAUGGUGGAAAAGAAGUAUUAGACCGUGGGAUACCAAUGGUUUUAGAGAAACAUUUGCCACCACAGGUGGUUUUAUUUGAUGUCAAAGAAACAGAGGUCCUUGUUCUACAAAAACCUACUUCAAAGGUUCUCUUCUCGUUUCCUUAUACAGACAUUUCCUGUGUGGGAAGGCGUUUGGACAACAGUAAAAUCUUUGCUUUCUGCACUGUGACUUCACCAGAGUCUCAAGAAAAUAGUACUUUUGAGUGCUGUGUGUUUGAAGCAAACUCUGAAGAAGAAAGUGAGGAAAUAAUCAACAGGAUUGGUAAGAACAUUACAUUCUUUGGAUUAGUUUUCAGCAAUAAGUGACGUCCCAUUAUAUCCCGCUUAUAUCCAAUGGUGCCAGUCACCAGAAUGGCUACUUUUAAUACAAUUAAGGCCCUUACUGAAACAAACCUGGUCUGGAAGAGUGACGGACUCCACACAGCGGAUUGGGGAGGGGGCACUGAAGUUGUAUUGCAUGGGAGGAACUGUGCUCAAUAUGUUGGACAUUACCCAAGUAUACUUUGUCAUGGAUAUAUAGCUAAUAAUUUUACAAGGUUGCAGCUACUAUUAUGACAGGUUUUCCAAUAAUUAAUGGUGUAUAUUAAAAUAUAGGCCAACUUUAUUUUGGGGGGACAAAAAUGUAAAACCUAAGUGUGUUAAAACAGCAGCUUCACAGUCCUAUUGUAUGAGAACACAAGGGUUUCAAAAGUUAUUUGUUCAGCAUUCACCCCAUAUAUAGGAUUUAAAAUAAUGUCCACAAGCUAUCAUAAUCUAAAAAGUAUGUUGAGAAUGUUAGUUUUUCCCAUUCACACUACUACAGCAGCAUGUUACUUCCAAGUUGAAAUUUCAGAUAAAGUAUUUUAAGAGUUGUAACUUGUUUCCUUAGGUGCUGGAUUUAAACAUACAGAAUGGUUUGUCUAGUAAGACAUGUGCAGUUCUACUGCUGGGCAUCUGCCAAUGACCUACUUUUGGGAGUGCCAGUGGCCUGCAAGGCCUAGUUUCAGUCAGUGAUGCCUGGCAGACCUCAGCAGCUCUUGGAUUAAGAAGUUAUCUGGAAUGGAUCGGAAUUGUGCAUUGGAAAUAAUAUUUUGGAUGCUUCUACCGAAGAGUCAUAUUUUUACUACUUUUUCCAUGUUUGCAGUGACACUUUCAACAUUUGGAAUAAAACCCAAGCUAAGGCUG